CCAUCCUUUCCAUGGAUAGAUUGAGAGGAAAGUCAGGAGAGAGCAGGGAGGAAAGGGAAGCUAUAGAGGACCGUGAGGGUAUCCCUGCCUGUCAAAGUUUUUUGUUUUUUUUUAUGUGAAAGUGCUUGCAUUGUUUGUCAGACUUUGCUGCAGAGGAAACUCAAAGGAGGAAAUAUGAAUUCUUACAAAGCUACUGAAGCAGAAGGGUGGUUGCUGGUUGUUGUAGGUUAACCAGAUUAUCUGUUAUCUUCUGUUUCAACUGUGACAAUUGCUCGCAUUGUAAACCACAUUUUUAAGCAACAGAAGGCAUCUGAGUAGAGUGUGAAUCAGAAGCAGAACGGACAUAUCAUGCCUGGUCCUCCACCGCCACCACCACCCCCUCCUCCAACCUUAGCUUUGGCCAAUACUGAGAAACCAUCCCUCUCCAGAACUGAGCAACAUGGGAGAAAUGCUUUACUCUCAGAUAUCAGCAAAGGCACCCGUCUGAAAAAAGCUGUCACCAAUGACCGCAGUGCUCCAGUAUUUGAUAAGCCCAAAGGGGGUGGGGCUUCUGGUGGAGGAGGAGGUGGUGGUGGUGGAGCUCCAGCUGGACUUGGGGGACUGUUCCAGGGUGGGAUGCCAAGACUAAAAACGGCAGGAGGAAGCCCUGCAAGGCCACCGAUGCCACCCACCAGUGGAAGAUUCCCAGCUCCAAGUGGAGGAGCUCCUCCCCGUCUCCCUGACACACCUUCUGGGCGAUCAAACUUGAACAGGGGCAGUACUCCAUCUCUGCCUGCCUCUACAUCUGCCUCUCCUCGCAGUUCACUUGCUGGUGGUCCUCCUCCUUUACCAGGAGGCCGAUUUUCAAGCUCUUCUUCUACACCACCAUCACUGCCAGGUCGACACCCCAGCUUUCCUGCAAAUCCUGCUCCCCCUGGUCGUCAAACUUCUUUACCACCACCACCUCCUCCCUCUAGUGGCCGUUCCACUUCUAAUACAUUUUCCUCAGGAUCCUCAAAUGAUUUUCCUGCUCCACCACCACCAGUUGGAGGAAACAGGUCAACAUUACCACCACCCCCUGUUCCUUCAAGUGCCCGGCCAAAUUAUUCCGCAGGCAGUUCAGAUGAUUUUCCCCCUCCUCCACCAUCCAUAGGAGGACAUAGGGCAUCAUUACCUCCAGUUCCCCCUAGUAGCCACCCUCAAUUUCCAGCACCUCCUUCUGAGUUAAAUGAUUUUCCUCCACCACCACCAUCUGUUGGAGGAAGUAGAGCUUCAUUUUCUGGUGAGGGAUCUCCACUGCCUCCACCACCUCCAUCAGGAAGUAAACCAGGAGCAAGAUCUAUGGUUAGUGGCCCACCACCUAUCCCUUCAGGAAGAGGGGACCUGCCACCGCUACCUCCUACACCAGCGAAGGAGUCGGCCAAUACAACACCCCACAGGAAUUCUUUUAGUAAUCCACCACCUGUCCCACGACCUGGGGCUUCUGCUCCACCACCACCUCCACCCAGUUCAAGACCACAAACAGGAAGAUCCUCAUCUAUACGAUCUAAUCCUCUUCCACCUCCACCUUCAGGGGACAGCAGAGGAGGUGCACCACCUGCACCUCCUCCUAAUCACCCUAGUCGAGGUGCUGGCAGACCUCCCCUUCCUCCAGAUAGGCCAGGGGCAGGAGGAUUCCCUCCUCCUCCCCCUUCAAUGGGCAACGGUUACCAGAGCUCCCCUCAAAACAGCACAGAUAACUGGGAGAUUAGGUUUUCUUUCCACCCACUUUCUGAGCUGCCCCCACCUGAGCCUUUCAUUUCUGUGCCAAAGAUGUAUCCCAGCAAAUCUGGAUCAUUACCCAGAGAAAGAGGAGCUCCUCCACUGCCUCCAAUACCCAGAUAAAG